UCCACCUUCCCCCAGCGUAAACUCUGCUUUCACAGUUAUGCUUGCCGUAUUUGGACAGUUUCUAGAUCAUGAUAUGACAGCAACAGCAAUAAGUAGGGGUACCAAUGGAAGUUCAAUAGCUUGCUGUGAACCCCAUGUUAAUCAUCCAGAGUGUUUCCCAGUUAUUAUUGAACCUGAUUUGACUCAGGGUAUUGCAGAAAGUUCGUGUAUGGAAUUUGUACGAUCAGCACCAGCAGCUCAAUGUAAAAUAGGACCUAGGCAACAAUUAAAUCAAGUCACUUCUUUCAUUGAUGGAUCCCAAAUUUAUGGCGCUGAUCUUAAAACAGCCAGAGGAUUAAGAGAAUUUAGCAAAGGAUAUUUAAGAAUGCAAAUAUCUCCGGACAAUAGAACAUUGCUCCCUGUUAGUGAUAACCCAAAUGAUGGUUGCAACAAAGAUGAAGAAAUAUUACAUGGUAGAUAUUGUUUUGCAUCUGGUGAUCCUCGAGCUAAUGAAAAUUUACAUCUUACGACAAUGCAUCUUAUAUGGGCACGUCAGCACAAUAAAAUAUCAAAUCAUUUAAGUACUAUAAAUCCAUUGUGGAGUGAUGAGAAAUUGUAUCAAGAAUCUCGACGCAUUGUUGGAGCUCAACUGCAACAUAUAACGUACAAUGAAUUCUUACCUAUUAUAAUUGGAGAAAAUGAAAUGAAAAAAAAAGAUUUAAAGCCUUUAACAGCAGGUUUUCGAUUAAAUCGAUACAAAAAUGUCGAUCCGACUAUAGCUAAUAGUUUCGCCUCUGCUGCAUUUAGAUUUGCUCAUACACUUUUGCCUGGUUUGAUGAAAAUAACAGAUGAUGAAGAAGGUACAGAUUCUUACAUACAUCUCCAUAAGAUGCUAUUCAACCCUUACAGCUUGUACACCGAAGCUGGUCUCAAAUCAUCAAUCAAAUCUGCUAUUUCAAAUUUCAUUCAAAAAACGUCUACUCAUGUUACCUCACAACUAACCACUCAUUUAUUUGAAGAUCAAUCAACAAAUACAACUAAACCUUCUUCUUGUGGAUUGGAUCUUGUAUCAUUGAAUAUUCAAAGAGGCAGAGAUCACGGUUUACCUAGUUACACAAAAUGGAGGGAAUAUUGCAACCUAAGCGUUCCUGCGAGUUUUAACGAUUUGAAGUCAAUAUUAGAUUUGGAGUCUUCAAAUGCGAUAUCUAGUUUAUACGAAAGCGUAGAAGAUAUAGAUCUUUAUACUGGUGCAUUAGCAGAAAUUCCUUCUGGAGGUAGCCUACUUGGGCCAACUUUCACAUGCUUGAUUUCAGAUCAAUUUAAAAAGUUAUUGUUUGGUGACAGAUUUUGGUAUGAGUUCCAAAACCAAUCUGGUUCUUUCACAGAAGAACAACUCGAGCAGAUAAGAAAAACAAGUCUUGCUGGUGUAAUUUGUGAUAAUGCUGAUACAAUAACAGAAGUACAAAAAGAUGUUAUGCGUUCAGUAUCGGUUACAAAUCCAAUAAUUUCUUGUCAGAAUUUGUCACAACCUUCAUAUUUGGCUUGGAAGAUGCCACCUCUUCGGUUGAAAUCUUUGUACAAUGAUGUUAUAAUAGGUGACUGGCUGAAUUUUAAGAAUGAUAUAAAUUCAACUUUAAAUAAUAUUGUCACUAACAUAGCUUCGAAAAAACCACCCCCAGGUAGUUUUAUAAGCGAUUGGAUAGUUUUUAAACAAAAUGUGAACAAAUCUUUUACCGAUUUCAAAAACCAAUUUUCUGAUUUACACAAAAGUAUACUGAAUUUAACAUUUACUCCAAACUUAGAAAUGAAAUCUCAACCAUUAAAAUUGAUUAAAACAAAUGAUAGUCUAGAUGAAAUUUUUUCCAAAAUCGAUCAAAUUAUAAAUAUUAAGAAAAUAGAUUUGAGUAAUUUGCCCAGUAAUUGGACUUUAUAUCAUGAAAAAAUAAAUGAUUCUAUUGCAAAUAUAAAAACUUUUUUUGAAAAGAUUCAUACUGUGGUUCCGCCUGCUCAAUUAAAGACUUUAACUUCAAUAGAAAACGUAUAUGGUGGAAAAAUUAAUAAUAAAUCUAGUAAUUUUUUGAAAAAGUUUAUUGUAUCAAAAGAUAAUAAUAUAAGCUCCAUAGUAGACGAAUGGUUCACAAUGAAGUCAGAAAUUAAGAAAAAUGUUGAUGAAAUAAAAAAAAGCAUAUUUAAAAUGAAAAUGUUGGAAUUAACUCUAUGCCAAUUCUUUAACGAAGGUGUCUUUGAAGGACCAGAAACUUUUGAAUGUAAUGCAUUCAUGGAUAAUAUUUUCAAACGCAUAUUUAAUGAAAUAAACACCAUAUCUCCGAUUGACGAAAAUUCGGAAUCUAAUUUAAAUUUUGUAAAAGAGUCUCUUUCGAAUCUAAAAGAUACAUUACUUCAUUUCAAUUCUGAAAAGUAUCAAUCAAAAUUAUUUUUACAACUUGGAUUUGACUGGAUGGAAGUUGGAGAUAAAAUUAAUAGUACGAUUGAAAAUAGUUUGAAUAGUAUUCCACUCUGCCAAGCUAUGAAAGAAGUGAAUUUUUUGUAUUAUAAAAAAUGUAUAAAAGACAAUUUUUUGGGAAUUCAUGCCAGUGUAAAAAACGUAAUAAGCGAUUGGUUGAUUGACUUCCAAAAUUCUAUCGAAGUUUCUAAAAUUCCUACACUAGAAAAAUUGUCAAGUAAUAGUGCAAGCGCUUCUAGAUCAUUAGUUUUUAACGACUUAUUAUUUGUAACAUUUUACAUUAUAACUUUUGUUUUAACAUGUAUGAAUAAAUGAUGAAACUCUCAAUACUCA